GCCCGGCACUGCCAGGCCUGGCCCAGCUCUGCCAGCUCCAGAAGCCGUGCAGGAGGGCAGAUGGACACAAGCCACAAGGCAAAGGUACAGCCCAGGAUUUGGUCCUGUCCAGUGAUCACUUGCUUCCUUAAAACAACCUCAAGUUCUGUCCUUGAGCUGUUGGAAAACUUCUGGGGACGGAGACAAGGUUCCUGCUCCGCCCGGCCAUGCUGCGGCCCGCGGUGGUGAUCGACAGCGGCAGCCGCUUCACCCGGGGGGGCUUUGCGGGGCAGCGGCGGCCCCAGUGCGUGCUGAGGACAGUGCUGGGACAGUCCUGCAGCUCAGGGACCCCCUGGGACAGCGGGCAGCACGGCCCUGCCCUGCACGGCCUCAAUGGGGACUGGGACGCCAUGAGAACCCUGUGGGGCCACCUCUUGUGCUGCUGCCUGAAAGUGUCCCCAGAGGAGCACCCGGUGCUGCUGGCCGAGUCCCCGUCCUGCCCCGCUGCCAGCAGGGUGAAAGCGGCCGAGGUGCUGUUCGAGGGCUUCGGGGUGCCCGCGCUGCACGUGGCCAACACCGGGUUGCUGUCGCUCUGUGCCCACGGCAGGGUCACCGGGCUGGCCGUGGAGGCCGGGGCGGCCGUGUGCCAUGUCACCCCGGUCUGUGGGGGCCAGACCCUGCGGCAGGGCACCCGCUGCCUGGGGGUGGCCGGGGACCACCUGUGCGGGCACCUGCGGCAGCUGCUGCUGCACAGCCCCGCCGAGCCCGCGGCGCUGCAGGCCCUGAGCGAGCAGGCGCUGAGCCGGCUGAAGGAGCAAUGCUGCUACGUGUCCUUGGACUACGAGGCAGAGCUCCGGGACGAGGGCUCCCAUCACCCAGCCAUGUUCCAGACCCCCGACGGGCGCUGGAUCACCCUGGGCAAGGAGCGCUUCUGCUGCCCGGAGCCGCUGUUCCGGCCGGAGCUGCUGCGGCACAGCUGCCCCGGGCUGCAGCAGCUGGCAGGGCAGAGCCUGCAGACGGUGCCCAGGCACGCCAGGAGGCAGGUGCUGGGCAACAUCGUGCUCUCGGGUGGCUCCUCCAUGUUCCCUGGUUUUCCUGAGAGGAUGUGCCUGGAGCUGAACCUCCUUUUGCAAGGAGCGGGUGUCCACAUCGAGGUGCUGGCGAACCCCGGGAGGGGCACGGCAGCCUGGGCUGGGGGCUCCAUGGCAGCCUCGCUCACCUCCUUCCAGCACACCUGGAUGACAAAGGGUGACUACCAGGAGCACGGGGCCGAGUACGUGCAAGUGAAAUUCCAGUAGAGAGGUGGCAGCCAUGCCAUCGUGUCACUGCAGGA